GAUUAUUCACAGUUGAAGAAGAAAGGGAAGAGGAAGAAGCUCUAGUAAACAAGAGGCCAACAACGAACUUAUUCGAUUUUUUUUUGUUAAUUUUUAUUUACAUGUGACGCACUUUGCAUUGGAUUAUUGUGCUGGAAAUACUGUGUGUAUAUUCGAGGCUUAUGGCGGAAAAGUGGACGGACAGAAUUAGUGCUUUCUUUCGUAGUCCUUGUAGAUUUAUUUCAUCCACAUCGGCGGACACAUUCCUGUCUGAAUUACUUAGUGAACUCCGAGAUGACAAAGUCACCUACACUACCAAGGUCCUCCUGCUGUCACCACUAUGCGAGCAUCCGUCCCUCCUUUGUUCCUCCCAGUCUGUUGGUGAGGAGACGCUGGUGGAGCUCUUGUCCAUCUUUGUCCACUGUCCACCUAAAUGUCUUCAAUUUCGCAAUCACCUCCUCGUCGCCCUCACAUCUGUCUUCAUCUGUACCUCCUGUGUGAGCAAAGAAGUCCACCUGUGUGAGGACUUCCUGGAUCUGCUCCUCCAGCUGGUGCAGGAUACAUCAGACCUCCAUUGUGACCUUCUCUUAGGAGCUACAGCGUGCGAAUGCCUGCGAGAGCUGGAGGCCUGCUGCCCCGGUCUACUGUCUCAGCGCCUUGAGCUGAUAGGUGGUCUUUGGAGCAAAGAAAGUUCCAGACUUCACCAGGCUUAUGCAGGACUCCAUACGCUGGUGUUGAGGAAUUGUGUUUACCAGCUGGCCCGAGAUCCUGCAUCGGGUGAUGAUCAUCUCCACACACUGUUAGGGUUAAAUGCAUUUGCCAGCAGGGACGCAGACCAGGAGGUAGUUGAAAUAAAGAAAGACUCGUCCAUCUUCUCCUCACUUAUAAGGACUCACAUGGACACAGUGGCCAUUCUUCAGACGGGGCGGGACUGCAAGGAUUUGCGAUGGGUCUUGUCUUCCAACCUGGAGAAUUGUUUUCUUCUCACUCCGCUGUAUCAAGCAACGGUUCUCCACAGACUGAUGGAGGUGGUUGCCAUGGUUCCUGCCGUCCCACCGUCCAUAUUCAGGUCUCAGCUGCUGCGGCUGCUCGGCACCAGUGAGGUGUGCCUUCUUCAUAGUACUCUGCUGAUGAAGUGUGUGUACACGGACAGCCUGUUCAGCACCGACGAUGAAGCUUUCCUGCUGAGACGAUUGGUUGUUCUCUCCCAGCACCCGCUGCUUAGGAAACCACAGAAGCUUUUCUUCAUGGACUAUAUCCUGCAUUUUCCUGAGAACCGGCCAAUCGGCUGUGGAGAUGGCACAGAAAACGUCCCUGUGCUGCUGACGCCCCACCUAGGCAGUACUCUGGCACCCACGGUCCUCAAUGAUGAGGCUUCCAUGCUGGCACGCUUCAACCUGCUGGCGCUGAUCUACCAGGAGGAGGCUGAGAAAGAUGGAGGGGAGGAAAGCAAGGGGAUGCUCUACCUCUACCAACACCUCAGUUCGCUAUUCCACGUCGUAGAGAAAGGAUGCAGUCGGGAGAUCGUCGUCACAUUUUUCCGAGCUGUUUUCCUUUUUUUGCUCUACUUUUGUCCCGUGGAGAAAUACUCUCAUCGCAUCGCAGAUCAACUCUGCAAGCUUUAUCGGCGUCGAGCCCACUUGGUCCCGCACAUCCUCAACUUGGCCGACCAGGCUGCCGAUGUGUUCCCUGAGUGUCGUUGGGUUGCAAGGCUGUGCGCGGCCCUGCGGGGAACCGUCAUUGAGGCUCAAGCCUCAGGUUUCACCUUACAAGACCUCACCUGGCACCUAAAGGUGCUGGCUCGCGUGGCGGAGGAAGACCAGAUCCCUCAGCGAAGCACCCUCAACCUACUUUCCAACAUGAUCAUGGCACCUUCUUCAACGCUGAGCACGAGUAGCGACUGGCGUCUGGGAAAUGCGGUGCUGGGAGUUUGCCGGCGCUUGAUGACACAUUCCAGCCUCGGCUCACUCUUCAUCCCUCUGGCCAACAUCCUGCAACAUGUGGCAUGUUGCUACGGUGACGCAGACAUUGAAGACCAUGCCCGACUAUACUACACCCUCCUGACGACACUCUGCAAAGACAAGAUGUCUGCUAUUGUAGCACAGGAUGUGAGGGAGCGAGGACAGCAGAUCAAGCAGCGCUCGCUUUCCUGCAUCAUGGCGGACAGCGAGAGACUGACAGUUCACCAGACAGAUCAAGCAGUCUUUAGGCUGGUUGAGGUGCAAAACCAAACCCACCUAGAAGGUGAGCCGACUUCAAAGGAGACCGAGAACUGUUCAGGACUUGAAGCCUACAGAGAUCAAUUCAAAGACCCUUGCUUUGGCUCUCAGUUGGUUUUGUACUAUCAACUCAGUCAUGCUCCAUUUCCCAACCUGCCCUGCUUCGAUGAGGUCUUCAGCAUCUGCUUGCAUUUCAGCUUCAGGGACGAGCACUACAAAGAACUCAGUGACUUCAAUGUCCCUUGUCUGUUAAGGGGGAGACCACCUCCUGUGGUGAAACUGAGCCUGAAGCCCAGGUUGCCCAUCCCCACCUCCCUCUGUGCCAGCGCCGUAUUCAACACCUCCAACGGCCUGACUUGGUCCACGUCGCUGCCAGACAUCCACAUAGUUCUUCAGCAGAUGCUUGUGCCUCUGCCCGUCCCCACUGCUUGGACGAGCGAAGACAAAGUGAGAGUGUUUGAGAGCCUUUGGAAUGAAAUCAGUGCGGAGGAACAUGCAGAUGAUGCUAGCAGCCUGUUUUGUUGCCAGAUGCAAUCAAGGGAAGUGGAAGCCUUGGUGGAAAAACAUUUCCUUCCGUUCGUUAUAUCACGCCAACCUGAUCGGGCCCAAGUCAACGUGCUCUUUUUCAUUCCCCCGCAAUUCCACGUCCUGCUGAAGUUGAUUUCAGAAGAGGAUGCGGUCCAAUUCAAUAUCGCGACAGAUAACUGGCGCCUGCUGCCUCACAUCAGAUCUUUUCUGUGCACUUUCACCUCCAAUCUAUGAUCUUUCAAUCAGCAGCAUCAAAGUCAGCAAAAUAAAGUUUCGUAUAACUUGAAGUGCGUGGUUUUAUACGACGUAUUGCACAGUUUCAGUCGGGUUUGGUCGUGAAGCGCUUUGGGUGUCAAGAAAGGCGCCAUAUCAAUCCAGCCAAUUAUUAUUAUUAAUUAUAGUUCUUUUUAAAUGCGUACGUCUGGCUCGGUAAAGAUCUUACCCACACAAUUAUGAAAACCUGGCAUUGUGAAAACACAUUUGUAGGAACUGAAAGAGCAUCGAGGCCAAUCAGAAGCCAGAAAGGUGCUUCUUUCUGAUGCUUUAGUACGUUUGUGCUUAAAAUAUUAGAGCUGUUCUUGGUAACCUUUUGAAAACAUACAUACUAUCGGUCAAAAAAUGUGUCAUAAAGAGCAAAAAAACUAAAGUGGCAUUUAGCGCAACGUAGCUUCGAUAUCAGCCUAAAUUUGACUUGUAUCGGAUCACAUCGCUACUCACGUGUCACAAGCUCAACGCAAUUGUUAUUGUGGCCACUAGGUGUCGUAAAAAACCAACCACCACUCCUCUUCAAUUUCAUAACAGCACGUUAUGUUAAAUGGUACUUUUGAUAUGCAAGUCACAGGGCCAGCCAAACUAUGAACAAAAAGUGUGACUUAUAUUCUGGAAAUAAGGGUACGUGAGAUAUACACUGCUGUUGAGCCUUUUUGAUCAAUACAACUGUUUCCUACACGUAGAAUGUAUCUUCAAAUCACAUACUGCUAAUGUACUUACAUUGAAAAUAUAUACAGUUUAGAAAGUAAGUAUAUUUACAAGUUUACCCCAAAUCUGAAAGUCUAAAAUUAAUUUGUGUUCGAUCGUGUAAAAGUUGAGAAUUCCUCACUCAAGACGACAUGCAAUACGGUAAAAUAAUGUUCUUUUUAUUUGAAACUGUGAAGCACAAGUCACGUUUGACUGCCAGAGAGCAGGACAGCUGGUGGCCAUACAGUACGUAUUAAUAUUGCUCUUUCUUGGCAAUGCUUUUUACAUGUCAAUUAAUAACCAUUAAUUAAUAACAUGGGGGCCAUUUCAGUUCAAAUUCAAGAACAUCCCAAACUUAGCUGCGACAAAGUGCAAAAUGUUGUUAUUAUUAUGAAUCAUCAUCUGUGUGUAAUAUUCUUGUUACUGAAUAAUUGCACUUUAUUAAAAGUAACGACUAAGUUCCUGAGCCGCUUUUAUUCAGCGGGAGCAGCGUCUUGAUCGGUGAGACCUCUGAAAUUGAGUUCAAGGUGAGACGGUAAUGCAGUCUGAUGGCUGACAAGCUUGUCCAUGAUGGCGAUCUCGGAGUCCCUCUUCUGCACGUCCUCCUCUGGAGUCCAGGACAUGUCGUGUUGAAGUUUGAAUGCACCAACAAACUGGUGAGGACAACUUGGACCCCAUUCCUGAAAGUAUGGAAAAAUCAAAAUACGAUAGAAUGUGUUGUGUUUUAAUAUAACACAGCAUGAACUGAUUGGAUUGAAAAAGCAGAGCAAAUAAUGCCCGUCUUUCUUCAUGUUUGAGCAACAUUUCCUAUGACAUUUAAAACAAAACAAAAAAAAUGACAGCAUUUGCAUUAAUAACAAUUUCAACUGACUUUAAAAAGCAGAAUUAAAUCCUGAUGUUUUUCAUUUUUGACUUGCUUGUGGCUGUGCUCCGACAACGUAUGCAUGUGGGCACCCCUGUCAAAGAAAAGUCACGCGGCCCGCAGCACAUUCUAAAAGUAUAAUUUAACCAGAAAACUACAAGUAAAACACAGCAGCAAAAAUGGAAAAAUCUGCAGUCAUUUUACAAGAAUAAAGUCAAAAUAUCAAGAGAAAGAAGUCGUAAUUUUACGAGAAUAAUAAUAAUAAUAAUGUUAUGACUAAAAACGGCAUUGUAGAAGCACUGUUGUUUCCCUGAGCAGCUCCUUCAGCACCAGACUGUUACACCCACGGUGUAAGAAGGAGAGGUUCCGCAGGUCCUUCAUACCGACCGCUGUCAGGCUCUACAACACCUGCACCACCUGAACCAUGUUGUAGUCACUAUGCUUUCUUUACACUGUUCUCUUUACUUGUCUUGCUGCUGUAACAAGUAAAUUUCUCCGCUGUGGGAUAAAUAAAGUACAUACAAUACAAUACAAUAAAGUUGAACUAUUAAAGAAAAACGUUUUUUAAGUCAUAUGAGAAACAAAACAAGAAAUAAAGUUGUAAUUUUUAGAAAAUUAGGUUGCGAAAAGUCAUAAUGUUACAAGAAUAAAAUCAAAAUAUGGCAAUAAAGUCAUAAUUACGAGAAGAAAGUUUACAAGAAGUUAAAUAAAAAAAAAUAAAAGAAAAAAACAGCUGUAAUUUUACAAUAAAGUCAAAAUAUUAAUAGAAAAAAAAUCUAUUCUAUUGAGAAUUGUUUAAAACUAGAAUAAAUUCAUAAUACAGGGAAAAUAAUGUCAUUUUAGGAGCAUAGAGCUGAAAUAUUAAAGAACAAAAAUGUUUUUUUAAAAGUCAGAAUAUGAGAAACAAAAAAAUAAGUUGUAAUUUUUGGAAAAUUAUGCUGGGGGAAAAUUAUAAUAUGGGAAUAAUAUGGACAACUCCUGCACGACUGAGACCCUACACAGACGCAUGGGAAUAAAAUCUAAAUAUUAUGGCAAAGUCAUAAUAUUACGAGAAGACAAUUUAUGCUGAUUAUUUCAGCAGAAAGCUGAAUUAUUUAGAACUUUUAUUUUUUACCAAAUCAAUAUGAAGCAAACACAAACAGUUAGUGGUUUGGUCUGCAACAUAUCAGAAAAGAGGCACAUAUGUGGAUCAUUGUUUUCCAAAGUCAAAGCUGGUGUGAUGUGUGUGAAUGUUGCCUAAAACCCAAAGAUAACAGGUCUGUUUUCAUGGAUGACUCGGGAAACUAAAACAUCCACAUUUUAGAGGCAGAAAUCAGAGUAUAUUUACAUUUCUAAAAAAAAACAAAAAAAACUAAUUAUAGUUGUCAAUUAAUUGGAUAAUUGACUACUCAUCAAUUCAUUUUUGCAGGACUAGUUAAAAAUGACCAGAGUACUGAUAAAAAUGUGACAUUGCCUCUGAAUUGUACUUUCAUCACUUUAGAAAAACUAAUGAAAGCGUCCUCGUACGAUGAAUAUUUCCUACAUAAGCUGUAGUCUGUGUUUUGUACAACUGUGGAUGUCGGCAUAUUUUUCAACAAACUUCUCCAUCUGUGAGGCUUUUCUCCAGACUACAUGGUUUCAAUCAGCUCCUUCCACUGAUGAUCCUUCUCAGAUCUCCAUCCUGUUCAGCCAUUGUUUCGCCAUUAGCCAUUCUUAGCUGUGUUUCCACAAUGGAUGGAUGGGUGGGUGGUUGGGUGUAUACCCAAACACCCACCCAUCCAGGUGGGCCUUCUCAGGGCCUCCUCCCGGCUGGGCAUACCCAGAACACCUCACCAGGGAGGCAUCCUGAUCAGAUGCCUGAUCCACCUCACUGGCUCCUCUCAAUGUUAAGGAGCAGCGGUUCUAUUCUGAGCUGCUCCUGGAUUUCCGAGCUCCACACCCCUAUCUUUUAGGGCGGGCCACCCUACGGAGGAAACUCAUUUCAGCUGCUUGUAUGUGCAAUCUCGUUCUUCCACGCUCAUGACCAUAGGUGAGGGUGGGCCAGUAAAAUGAAAAGCUUUGUCUUCUGGCUCAGUUCUCUCUUCACCACGAAGGACCGGUACAUUAUUGUAUGAUUUUCAUGACGUCGUUUUCAUUACAUUUUUGUCAGUUUCUUGACAGAGACCGUUGGGGGUUUUUCUACCUUCACGGAAGGGUAGCAACAUGGGUGUCAUUGGACAGCCAUUGGAGUGCAUCCAGUAUGAAGGAAAUCAGACAGUAAAGUCUUGUGGUUUACAAGAAAGAAGUUAAAUGCUAACCUUAGGAGAAAUGAUGGAAAAGUACUUUUGUCCAGAUGGUCGCUGGUAGAGGUAGUACAUGUUUCCUGGUUUCUUCACUAUGUUACAGGCAGCAUGGUGAAGGUCAGCAUCUCUUUUUGCUUCUUCUAACACCUACACAUAUAGAAAAAGAUAUAAACAUUAGCGUAUCCCACAGACACGUAAUCUAUUUGUGGUGUUGGUGUGUUGCGUCUAAUUUGCAUAGUCAGUCAAGAUGCAUUAGCAAAAAGUGAGGAAAAAACAUGAAAAGCAAAAGUAAUGUUUAGAACUACAAAUGAACUUCCUUCUGUUGCUUCUUUUUGUUGUGUUUGUUAAACGUCACAAAUAAAAAGGCCGCUGCUCGUUGAGAUUCCUCGCUUAAUAUGCAAACUUUUAUAUACAAAAAGGGGCUUUGUGCUCGAGAUGCAGCUCAACAAAACCUAAAUUCCCCAAACAGAACUAAAGGGUAUGUUACAAUAAUGUACAUACAUGCUAUCAUAUAUUUGCACCAUCUUCUUUUCAGCCAGUAUACUGUUGCUGAACUGUUAUAAUGCUGUGCUGUAUGCGUGAGCUUGAACAGGACGACUCAAGGACGUUGGAGAAGAAAAACAAGAACAUCUGACCACAGUUCAGACACAAAGACCUUCUGUCUGAACCUCCUGUUCCAUCAACGAUUUGCUUAACUUAUCAUGCUUUGUUAUGUCUUUUAUUGUGUCGUCUUAACCGUAGCACAUUGCAGCUGUAGCCCCCCACCCUUUAGAGCUGCAAUGCCUCGUAACUAGGAAACUCCCUAAGGAAAUAAAAGAGACGGAGAGUGUCUUCAGAGCGGCAGAAGGUUGUAUGCUGAGUACAUUUCUUCCGUUCUCCUCGCAAGUAAAAAGGCCAUAUUUGUUGUCUUCUUUCUCCUGUCUCAUUGUUUCAUGAAUGUUUUAUGUUGCAUGAACCUGACAGGGUACUGCAACGGUAGUUACCAGCUAACGUUGUCAAGUCCGGUUCUCGGCUUUGUGCGCGUUCACAUAAAAGGGGGCGUUUGGCACCAUAUUACUCUACUUCCAAGAUGAGCAAGUCGUUAUUGUGGAGCGUUGUGAAGAGUUCUAAAAGAUUAUCAUCGCCAAAAAGCAACACUGU